AUGCUGCUGUUCCUCCGCUGCACGUGCGGAGCCCCAGCGCCCUCCGAAGGAGAUUGCGGCGCAGGCAACUUUCCCUGCGUGCGAGUGCAGCGGAAGUUGGCCCCAGCCCUCUUGCCGGAUUCCGUUUCCUCCUCCAAGGCGCGAGGAAGGCGGAAAACCCACGAUCUGCGGUUUCCGUGGCGUGCCAUGCCGUUGCCAACGGGGUGUAUAAGGCCGAGGCAAAAGAAUCAAAGCUGGGAAAAGAGCAAAACAAUAAAAAUAAAGGCGACUGCCUACCACCCAACGGACGAGCGACGCCGUCCACGCGUA